AUGCACAUAUCACUUUGUGAUGAUAAAGGAGAUAUUGAUAGGGCAAGACGACCUUGGGAGAUUGUACCUGUUGGUCACAAGAUUGAGAAAGCAGAGCCAUUGUUCAAGGAAUUGAAAGAUGAAGAAGUGGAAUCCUUAAGGAAGAAGUCUGCUGGAAGUCAAGCGGACAGGAAGGAGAGGGAAGAAGCUGAAGCAGUGAAGGCGGCUGCACAACUCAAGAAAACGAAAGUUUCAGACAACAGUGGAAAGAAAAAGAAACAGGCCACAAAAUCUGCAGCUGAAGCAGAGAUUUCCAUUUCUAGACUAGAUAUUCGUGUUGGCCUCAUUACAAAAGCUCAGAAGCAUCCUGAUGCUGUUUCGCUUUACGUACAUGAGAUUGAUGUUGGUGAAGGACAUACUAGAACAGUUGUGAGUGGACUUGUCAAGUAUAUACCUAUUGAAGAAAUGCAGAACCGGAAGGUCUGUGUUCUUUGCAAUCUGAAGCCAGCAACCAUGAGGGGUAUUAAAUCACAAGAAACGGUUCUUGCUGCUUCGAACAGUGACCACUCCACGGUUGAAUUGGUAAAUCCGCCUAAAGCAGCUCAUGUUGGCGAGAGAGUUACAUUUCCGGGGUUCGCAGGUGAGCCUGAUGAGAUGUUGAACCCCAAGAAGAAAGUGUGGGAGAGCUUGCAAGUGGAUCUGCAUACUAACACUGACCUAGUGGCCUGCUACAGAGAUAUUCCCCUCACAACAUCAGCUGGUGUUUGCACUGUAUCCUCAAUUUGUAGGGGGUCUAUUAGAUAG